AUGGAAAACUCAGACCAGGAGACUUUGGCUACGGUCACUUUAGCAACUCCGGCACUGUCGACAUCACCAGAUGUGAACGAGACCGAACGCCACCCCAAAAAAAAAAAGCUGUACAGGCAGCAUUUUGUGGCCCUCUUGGAACGAUGCGAAAUCAUACAACAGGACAACGAACGUCUAGUACACAGGAUACAUCAAGUGGCCAAACAGUUAAGACGGAUCCGAUUGGAGAGAAGGUUUAUUAUGGAUCGAUUGGACACGCACAAAGACAACUGGAGAGAAGCUGAAUUGAAAAUAGAUCUAGGAACUGAUUUGCCUUUACCUGAAGCAGUCAAUUUAAAAAAUCAGGGAACUGUAGAAACACCCAACGGGAAAAAGAAUUUGAACAUAAAAUCCACUGAAAAAAAGGAUCCUAAUUUGCCAAAAAGACCGGCAAAUCCAUUUUUUAGGUUUUGUCAAGAACAAAGGCCAAUUGUACUUGAUCAAAUCAUUUUGUCAGGUGAAGGGGAACCAACGAAACAAGAUCUUACAAAACGACUAGCAAUUACUUGGAAUACUAUGGAACAUAAUGAUAAAAAAGUUUAUUAUGAUAUGUACGAGAGAUCUAAGGAAAAAUAUGCUGCAGACAUGGAAGAAUACGCACUUAAUAAAUCUAUAAACACAGUACAAACAUCCAAUUUCUCAUCUUCACAAUAA